GCUGCGCGCGGUCUCAGCAUAUCUGGCUUUCCGAGAGCUCCGAGAGUGAAACAGAGAAACUCGAGCGAAAGCGACAGAAAACUCAAAGAAAAUGUACUCACGAUCAGACAGCGUCACCCUGACAGUGAAGCGGGAGAGCUUCGCCUUAUCUAGGAUGGCGACCCGCAGCACGGAGCCCGAGGUCUUCACCUUCGAGCGGAUACCGGCUCAGGCCACCGCCGUGCCUUCCUUCGUGCCCAUCCGGCCGAAGAAGCGCUGCACCCGGGUUAUGUACCCCGCUAAAGUCCGCAUGCACCUUCCACCACCCGAGAAGAGCCAGGCCAAGCGCUGGCUGGUCAUCCUGUGCCUGGUGGUGUUGUGGCAGAUCUACACCGAGGAGCCCUGCGCUGAGACGCCGCUGGGCGGCUCAGACAGCCCGGUGGGCGACUACCAGGGUUUCCCCUUCCAGUCUGCGGAGGAGCAGGCGCUCACUGAGCUCAGCGCCAGCUCCGAGCUCCUGUCGGCCGCCCCGAGCAGAUGCGAGGACGGCAGCUCAUCCAAUGAACAGAUCAUCCCGAGCAUCACCUGCCCCAAGCCCAGCGAGGAGCCACAGCCCGGCCGGUCGUUCGAGCAGAGCGCCGGCAAGAGCUACAUGGUGGCUCUGCUGGUCUACCACAGACUGGGCAGCGAAAACUGAGAGUCCCGGGGCUGGUUUAACUGGAAACCGCCCGAGCUGGGGCUUCUGGAAUCGAAAAUGAACUGAGCUGGAGUUGAUCCUGAGUAGCUUCUGGAGAUCAGCGGUGCGCCCUGCGCGGCGCAGCCGGGGAGGAAGCUCCAUGUGCCGGCAUGUCCCUACCAGCGGUCCCCCCCUGAGAGCGGAGGACACACAGUCUGGAAUGGGAAAGAAAGAAAGAAAGAAAGAAAGAAAGAAAGAAAGAACACUUACAAAAAGCUGAAACUUGAACUAAAGAAAACUUGAACUCUGUGUUAUUCACACAUCUAACUGCACUAACAGGCCUGCGGGCAAACUGGAUGUUUUACAAGAUGAAUUAUGUCAUGGAAAACUGUCACUCCUGUAGGCCACCAAGCUGAAACUGACACUGUCUGUUGUGCAAAUGUCUUAUUUAGUUAUUUAUUAUAUUAUUUGCUAUUUAUGGAUUAAUAAUUUAAAUAAAAAAUGUCUAAAAGAA